ACUUUCUUCCCAAAACACUCUCAACUCAUCUCAAUUGCUUACUUUCCAUUUUAACUUAACCCUUUUCUUCAUGGCUGGAACUAUAGGUUUUUGGCUUGUGGUUUUGGUUGGCAUAGUUACUCUUUUUUUGGGUCUCAUCUUCAACCAUUUCUUGCCUAUCUUAUCGAAACUUGGCCUUGCCUUUAAAGGGACUUUUGGGUGGCCAUUACUGGGUGAAACUCUUUCUUUCUUGAAGCCUCACCCUUCUAAUUCUGUCGGGGUAUAUCUUCAAGACCAUUGUUCUAGGUUUGGGAAAGUAUUCAAGUCCCAUUUGUUCUUCUCUCCAACUGUGGUGUCAUGUGACCCGGAGCUGAACUACUUCAUACUUCAAAAUGAAGGCAAGUUGUUUCAGUGCAGUUAUCCCAAGCCCAUUCAUGGAAUUCUGGGCAAGGUCUCAAUGCUUGUGGCUGUUGGUGACACCCACAAGAGGCUCAGAAAUGUGGCUCUAUCUCUGGUCACAGUUACAAAAUCGAAGCCUGAGUUUCUCAAUGACAUUGAGAGAAUUGCCAUUCAGAUAUUGGACUCAUGGAAAGACAAAACACAGAUUAAAUUCUGUGAGGAGGCCAGGAAGUUCACAUUCAAUGUAAUAGUAAAGCAGGUGCUAGGUUUAACACCAGAGGAGCCAGAGACUACAAAAAUUCUAGAAGAUUUCCUAACUUUUAUGAGAGGACUUAUUUCUCUACCACUUUCCAUUCCUGGAACUCCAUAUGCAAGAGCUGUUAAGGCUAGAAGCCGAAUAUCUUCAACUGUCAAAGCAAUAAUAGAGAAAAGAAGAAGAAAUAUUGCUGAGAAUUCAAGAAAAAGAAACGAUUUCCUUGAAUUACUUUUGUGUGUUGAUACCUUAUCUGAAGAAGAAAAAGUUAGUUUCGUUUUGGAUUCUCUAUUGGGUGGCUAUGAAACUACUUCUCUCUUGAUGGCCAUGGUUGUGCAUUUUCUUUCUCACUCACCCACUGCAUUACAACAAUUAAAGCUUGAGCAUCAAAACAUAAGAAGCAUGAAGCAAAAAAAUGAGUAUUUGAACUGGGAAGAUUACAAGAGAAUGGAUUUUACUCAAAAUGUCAUCAAUGAAGCGCUUAGAUAUGGGAACAUAGUAAAGUUUGUACACCGAAAGGCUCUCAAAGAUGUCAAAUUCAGAGAUUACUUAAUUCCAUCUGGUUGGAAGGUCCUACCUGUUUUCACAGCAGUUCACUUAGACCCAUCUCUACAUGCAAAUGCUCUUCAGUUUCAUCCUUGGAGAUGGGAGAGUCAAGAUCAAACAUGCAAGAAAUUUACGCCCUUUGGUGGAGGGUCUAGAUGCUGCCCAGGAUCUGAACUUGCCAAGGUUGAGGUUGCUUUCUUCCUUCACCACCUAGUACAGAAUUUCAGAUGGAAAACUGAAGAGGAAGACCAACCCACGGCAUAUCCGUACGUGGAAUUUCAAAGAGGGCUUGUUCUAAAUGUGGAACGUUUAUUUGAGGUUAAAAAGAAGCACCAAUAAUGCUCCAUCAUGCUUUGGAUAUUAUAUGGGCUUUUACAAUUUUCUUUUCUUUUUGGGAGGAAGCUCGGCCUAUCUCUGACGUCAGUCCUUAAAUAGAUGUUGUUACCAGUGUAAUCUUUGGUGUUUUUGUCAAGCUUUGGUUU